GAGGCGGGAAUAAUGGCAGGCAGACUCGUGUGGUCCUGAGUUGAGGUAGGGCGAUCGAGUGAAUGAGAGAGUUUGCAUGUUACUUUGCGGUGUUCCGGUGCAGCACAGUCAGACGGAGGUCCAUCGUGAGUCGUUACACAACUAGACCGCCUCUUAGCUCCUCGGCGUGGGCGAUGCGGAGCAGAGGAUGGAGAACGAGCGAAGAAGUUCCCCUAUCAAGAACUUUGUGGCCGGGGGAGUCGGUGGAGCGUGUCUGCUGCUGGCCGGACACCCACUGGACACCAUCAAGGUGAGACUCCAGACUCAACCCAAAGCCUCCUCGCUCUCUAGGUAUGCCAUCUACACAGGAACCUUUGACUGUUUUCGCAAGACCAUCUCCAAAGAGGGCAUCCUCGGCCUGUACAAAGGGAUUGGCGCUCCACUGGUGGGUGUGGCUCCCAUGAUGGCCAUCAGUUUCUUUGGUUUUGGUUUGGGGAAGCAGCUCCAGCAGACAGACACCAGCCAGGAUCUAACGCACACACAGAUAUUCCUGUCAGGGUGUCUAGCAGGGAUCUUCACAACAGUGAUUGUGGCUCCAGGAGAAAGGAUUAAAUGCUUACUGCAGGUGCAGGUUAGUGGUCGCACACCCAAAUAUUCAGGUCCACUAGACUGUGCCAAACGUCUCUACAAGGAACAAGGCAUACGCAGUGUAUACAAAGGGACGUUGCUGACGCUCAUCAGAGAUGUGCCUUCAAAUGGUCUCUACUUUCUGACAUAUGAGUACCUGAAAAACCGCCUGACUCCAGAAGGGCAAAGCGUUACCCAGCUUGGCUCCGCCUACAUUCUGCUCGCUGGCGGGGUGGCUGGAAUUUUGAACUGGACAAUCGCACUCCCCCCAGACGUCCUCAAGUCCAACUUUCAAACAGAUGACAAGUACAGAGGUCUAUUGGAUGUAUUGAGGACUCUGCUUCGGGAAGAAGGGGCCAAAGCACUCUACAAAGGCUUCAAUGCUGUCUUUCUACGAGCCUUCCCUGCCAAUGCUGCAUGUUUCUUGGGCUUUGAAGUCGCCUUAAAGGGUUUGAACUGGCUAGCACCUGGCUGGUGAACUAGUCAGCUACUGUGUCCAACAAAGUGUUUUGACCCUGCCGCUACGAAAUGUAAUUAUUUGUAAUCAUGUUUAUACAAAGCCCCAGACAUAACAUGGGGAGAAAGUUUUUAAUUUGUUACACAAUCUACAGUAGAUGCAACACGUGUACAAAAUACUUUUUGGCCUUGAAGUACAGGCACACAGUUUCCGUGGUUCUCUGGCAGCCAGUCGUAUACACAUGUUCAGCUCCUUUAAAGCUAAAAAAUGGUCUCCAACGCUUUCUUUUCUUUUGGUAUUUGGUCCAAAAAUGGCACUGUAACAACGUAUUGCGGGUCCAUUGUGUUUUAUAUAGCAGUUUUGUGUAUCGAUCUUUCCUUAAAUUAAAUGAGCACAGGACACGAGAUUUCUAUGUGAAUAAAGCUUCCACUUGAAACCAGAAGGAUUGUAAGUCAUGAGCAUCUUAUCCUUGAGUGAGCGUGAGUCGUGAACAAUAAACCCGCACUGCCUUCUACUGGCAAAUUCCUUACCUACAGUAGGAUGCCAUCUACAAGCUAAUAAUUCCACAAAUUAAUUAAUCAGUCCUAAUACAAAUAAAAAUCGGGCUCCAAGAAUCAACAGAUACUGGUCCAUGCUACAUGACUA